CUCUCUCCUUCACAGUGAUAUACCCGGGGUACAUAUGUUACAACUAAUAAGAUUUUCCAGCGCAUGUUAACUUGUUGAAGAUCUCAAUCUGCGUAAAACUGCUAUAAUCAGAGAGCUUCUUCAGCAGAGCUACCACUAGCAUAAACUUCAUAAAUCGUUUGCUAAAUUUUAACAACGUAAUUCGGAAGUAGUGAUUUAAUUCAAAAGAAAUCUUCUGCGACACGGUAUUUCAGUCUGAUGCUAUGGAGAUAUAGUUUUCAAACUUUGCACAAUUAUCGGGCAUAUCCAUUUCGAUGCAAUAUCUAUUAAACUUAUCAAAUUUCUAUUGUAAGAAGCUAUGAUCGUAUUGUUCUGAGGUACAAUGCAUGUUAAGUAUUCAGCCGUCUUUCAGUUGGUAACCACACUUUAUUUUAACCGUGCGAUGACGGUCAUGUUGGUGACUACAUGUGAAAUAGUUCCUAAAUACCCCUCUUUGCACGGACGGGUUUGAUACUUUUCCUCUGCUCAGCUGUUCGUAAAGGUGCUUCGUUUGGUGCGCCAGCUUCUGAAGUCACUGAUUACGUAUGUUUACAGUUCCAUGGGUUUUUAUUUCUAUAGUUUACAUGAUCAUAUUUUGUGUUUUACAAUGUGUUCCUAUGGUUACUUUUCUUGUGUUAGAGAGAUUAAUUUCAUUUAUACUGUUCUAUCAUAUAGGAACAUGGUAGAGCUUAAAGUAUGUUAUUUGGCACCAAUAAACUAGUUUCAAUUCUCAUGUGGUGUUUUCCCACUGACCUUAAAUUUUAGUUUUUACAUCUUUGUUAUUACUGCGUUCGUUUGUGUUGCUGUGUACAUGUACCCAGCCAUUGCACGUGCAUACAGUUACGCAUACCCAUAUUUCCAUGUGGAGUGCUGUGUAGGCGGCUAUAUAUAAGUUCCUUUAAUGUGGCUUUUUCUGUAGCCUUUUGUCCUUGUCUUUUGUCAUUCUUUUUUUUUUGACUGUACGGACACGAUUGAUAUCCGGGUGUUUUUCAAAGAGCCGCCACAAUGGAGCACAUGUCUGUACGGGAAUUUGGAAAUGAAUACAUUUGUUACAGCCCUGUAGUUUUUCAAACCAUUCGUAACUUGAUAUUGUUUGAGAUGUAGUUAUUAAAUUCUAAUUGUCCGAAAGUUUUAACUGAUUGUUUACCUCAGAUUUUAUAAAACCAGUCUACACGGUAACCAUUUAUUAAUGUAGUGGUUUACUUGUUAGUAAGUCUGGUGUACGUUUUAUUAGCUGGUUACACACAAACGUUACGGCCAGUUACGUGUCGACUUACCAAUUGUGCAAAAACAGCAAAAGGCAAAUUUUCUUUUAUUUUUCGGCAUGCCAUCUCACUCUCUAAUUUCUUUCCAUUUAAGAUUUGGUAAAGCUCGAUUUGAAAACAAUUCCAAGGCAAACGAGUCCCUGCCAAUCUUAUUGGACGAGGUGAAAUGUAGUGGGCAUGAAUCAACGUUGUCUGAAUGCAAGCACAAUGAUUGGGGAAAACAUGAUUGUGAUCACAGCGAAGUUGCAGCAGUAACGUGUUUUGCUAACAGACGUACUAAACAUGUUGAUGUUCUAAGUAACUAAGACUGUGGCAAAAUUCCACAAAAAAGCUCCAAACGAAGAAAACGAGAAGAACGGGUAUUUGGGGGAGUUGAGGCAGUCAAGGGAAUGUAUCCAUGGCAAGUUGGAAUUCAAAGACGGAAAGGAAAAUUGAUACACUGGUGUGGUGGAACACUUAUAAAUAGUCAAUGGAUACUGAGUGCUGCUCAUUGUUAUAAAGACUUAACAAAAAGACAAGAUGGCAGAAAUAGAAAAGUGAACUAUGAAGACUUUAGAGUACAUAUUGGUGACCACGACUUAAAGAAACCUGAUGAAUAUGAGAAAAUAUUUCACAUUGAAUAUUUGGUCAAACACUGGAACUAUAGUGACACAGACAGAACACAUCCCAUCCAUGACGUAGCUUUACUCAAAAUCAACUCAAGUGUAGUUUUUAAUGGUUACGUGCAGCCAGCAUGCCUACCGGGAGAAAAUGAUCCACUUAAUUAUGGAAUGAAAUGUGAGGUCUCUGGCUGGGGAGAGCGUAACGAAAGUGGAGGCAUUUCGGAUAAACUGAUGGCGGCUGAAGUUCCGAUAGUAGAUAAAAAGAAGUGUAAAGAGUUUUUAGAGCGCUAUCCAAUUGAUUCACAAGGAAUGUUCUGCGCCGGUGAAAUCAAUAUUGAUGCCUGCCAAGGGGAUUCAGGUGGACCUCUUGUCUGUGAUAUGAAUGACAAAAACACCGUUAUUGGCAUAACAUCCUGGGGUGACGGCUGUGGCAAACCUAAUGCUCCCGGUGUAUACACAAAUGUUGCUGCAUAUGUAAGCUGGAUAAAAGAACAGAUAUCACUCCAUGAAUCAGCAGGAUCAAAAUGCCCUGUGCUGAGGAGUCCAAACAAUGGUGAAGUUAAAGUAGAAGGAGACAAGGCACACUUUAGAUGUGACGAAGGGUUUAUUUUAGAAGGUUCGCAUACAGUGACAUGUCAACAGGGUGGUAGGUGGGACGGUAUAAUACCUGUUUGUAAAAGUAAGUUCUCAACUACUAAACCAUUAAUGUUCCAAAUGCUUGUGAAGCAGUUUCUAACUUAAUUUACAAUGUAACUGUAACCGAAACUGUUCCAAAUAUAUUUAUGAUAUUUUACUGUGCAUUCGUUAAUAAAGUUGUUUUUCAAAAUUUA